GCAUAACCUAAAUAAUUGCCCCAACUUGCCGCAAUUUAACGCAUAUCGUUUUUUGCACAGAGUAUAUAAAUAGUUUUUUUUUAUUUUUCAACCAAUAUAAAUGUAACAAAAGCUUACUAAAUGAAAAGGAUCAGUUUGAAUGUGUUUUGAACUUGAAUAAAUCCUGGUGAAGUGAAUUCAAUUUAUCAGCAAUGCCGAAGAAGAGUGUUACGAAGGAAUGCCCGGGCUGUGAGAGACAGCUGCCGGUGGCCUGCAAGACGUGUCCGUGCGGCCACUCGUUCCGCAAGUCGAGUGACUCCACGGUCUCGUCAGCGGCCCCGGUGGGGUCCCCCGGCCGCGCGCCCGGUGCCGCCAAGGAGGGCGAAUCGCCCGCCCGACGCCGCACCGAGCGCGUCAAACGGGAGAAGCCCAAGUUCUACGACGCCAGCCAGUACGAGAGGGCGCCGCGGAAGCGGAAGCCGAAGCCGGUGGAGCCCGACACAAAGAAGGUGCGCAUUGACGAGCGCCGCUCGCUGAAGGAGAAGGUCAAAGAGGAGCGGGAAGAGGUGAACGGUGGUGGCGGGGCCGGCGCCGGAGACGAACAGGAGAUGGUCUAUGAGGAUAUCAUGGCAGAUGCGACGCGAGAGGAGACGGCCAAAUAUGCCAUCGUGCUGUCAGAGAUCAACCGAAAACUGUGCGUGGUGAACCCGACCUUUUGACGCGGUCGUGUAAGUGGCAGAGUGGGGUGGUAAGCGAUAAGUGUGGAGUGUGAUGAGUGUGGUUCAGUGAAGAGUUUGUAGUGUGGAGGACUUGGAGACGCGUGCGGAUUGGUGGAGGCGAGACGACGCGAGAUGUGGAAGAUGCAUGGUGACUGGCGACUGGCACUGGCGACUGCCCUGUCGUCUGCUCAGGACGGUGCAGAGAUUUGAGCGGAUGGUCACGGAGAAUGAUAGGAGUUGAGUGAAAUGGUGUGUGUGGUGGACGCCGCGUGUGCGGAACUCGCAUAGGCCCUUCGUCGUGAGCAGGCGAAGACAGUGAAGUGUGGACGUUGAAUCUGUUCGUUUUCACCCUUGUCCUCAUUCCAUGUGCUUCGUUCACCGCAUCUAGUGUAAGUUGUGUCGUAAUUCAUCCUGUACAAUGUUUUAUGUGCUAAAUAUCACUUGCGCGCUGCCGUUUUAUUCAGUGCUAGUGCUCGUGCGUGGCCCUUGCCGUAAAAACUCGCGUUGUUCUUUUACGACAUGGGCGUAAGGAAGAAGUUUGUGGUAUAACGGCACAUACUGACUUUGAGAGAUCAUCGACGGGGAGCAGUGGAGACCGGGCGCUGGGAUGGGAAGCGGCUGUGAGGUUCGGACAGCGCCUGGUCUACUGUCGGUGUCAUUUGCUCGUUGUAUCGGUCCAGUUCAAGUGAAUGAUAAUUGAUGCAUGUUGAAAAUGGCAUCACUCGAAUAUUGUCGUAAUUUGUUCCGCUAUUUUGCUACGUUGUUCAUUCAACUAUUAAACUAAAACUAAUAGACAUCAAUCUCUUCAUAUGUGAAAAUGAUCCAUUACAUCGCAUGGCUAUGCAUAAGAAAAUAUAAUAUACACUGCGAUUCAGGCAUUGAA